AUGGAAGAGCAAGCCGUGGUGGAUGUCCUUGAGAUCAAGCUCUUGGCAAAAAGAAACGACUGCAUCCAAGCCCUGUACACAUCAUGCAGUAAGCGCAUAGACCACUUCCUAGCACACAAUCCUGCCCUAGGCGCCCUCACAGUGUCCCAGUACUUGGAAAACAUCGAAGCAGAGAAUCUCCGAAUAAAAGAAGAGCAAGAAGAAAAACAAAGACAGCUGCAAAAGCAGGAAGCCAGAGAAAAACAAGCAGAAAAAGAGAAAAACAAAAAAAGAAAAAACGACAGAGCUAAUGAAAGCAGCAAAAGAAGAAAGUCAAUGAUUGUAACUAUAGACGAUAUCUCGUUCUCCUUCGGCAAGGAAGAGCUAGAGCAAAUCACAGGACAGGAGAAACAGGUAGACCCAGAGGUUAAAAAUAUCCUUCUGAAAAUGAACGAUCUUUUCAAACAGCUGGGAAAGAAAAAAUAA